AUGCUCGCUACACAACCUAUCAUCCAAAGUCUGGCGCUCUACCAGGCUUUCAACUUUGGGUUUCUUUACCUCAUUAUCUCCGGGUUUCCUGCACUAUGGGAAGACCACUAUGAUAUGAGUAACGGAAAGGCUAACUUGAACUACAUUUCGGUCGCCGCGGGUUCGAUGAUCGGUGUUUUGAUGUGCGGUCCAGCUAUGGACGCGACCUAUCGCAGACUCAAGCUCCGCUACGGAAUUGAUGAAGACCAAACGGAUACUCCAGAGUUUCGUGUACCCUUGAUGAUUCCUGUCGUAAUCAUCUCACCCUGUGGUAUAUUGUUAUUGGAAUUGCAAUUACUGUCGGAAGUAGUAUGGAAUCGUACCAAUGCAUAUCAGCCUACAUCGCCGACUGUUUCUCACUUCACACCGCCUCCGCACCAGCUGCUUGCUGCUUCCUCAGAUCAAUGGCCGCUUUCGCAUUCCCGCUCCUUGUCCCUGCACUUUUCGGUAAUCUCGGAUAGGGCUGGGGUGGCAGUGUGUUGGCAAUUGUUGCCGGGGUAG